UGUCAAAGUCUUUGUGUCUAUUUGUUGAAUUUUGUUAAUUUUUUUAGUGAAAAAAUAAAACCACUCUAUUUAUAAUCUAAAUCAAUUCAAAACACCAACAGAAUUACCAUUAUUGUAUCUUGUAACCAUAAUUGUUCAAAAGUACCAUGGCUGGAGGCGCAGACAGGAAUACAGAUCGUCGACGAUCGCGUUCACGUGAACGCCGUGAAAGAGAUCGCUAUGAAGAUCGGGAAACUCAUAGGGAAAAGGCGAAACGUCGCGAUCGGUCCAGGAGCCCUAGGAAAGAACGAGAUAGGUCUCGUAGUCCCGCUAGGAAAGACGGCGAUUUACGAGCGCGUAGCCCACGAAAAGAUAGGGAACGCUCGAAAAGUCCUCGGAGAGAUCGAGGUCGAUCAAGAAGUCCGAAGGGACAAGGAAGAAAUAGAGACCGCUAUGCCGAUGACAGAGAUAGAAUCAGAAAUAAAAGGGACGACGACAGUAAACAAGAUGAAGAAGAAAACAUGGAGGAAGACCAACCAAAACCAGUCAAACGAGAACCAUUGUCAUUGGAGGAGCUGCUUGCCAAGAAAAAAGCUGAGGAGGAAGCUCGCAGUAAGCCUGUGUUCUUAACUAAAGAACAGAGAGCUGCACUUGCAUUAGAGAGGCGCAAAGAGCAAGUGGAAGCAAUGAGAGCCAACAUUGACAAGCCUGUGGUAACUACAAUAGAUCUCACUGGCCCCUCCAAAAAAGAAGAGGAUAGAAAGUACAGGGAAGAAAGGGACAGAGAACGGGAAAGAGAGCGUGAAAGGGAAAGAGAAAGGGAGAAGGAGAGAGAAAGAAAAUAUGAAGAAAGAAAAGCUGAUCGCAAUAAAGAUGAUAAAAAAGAUAAAAAUGAUGAAAAUAAUAAGACAAAGGAUAAGGAAAGGGAAGAGGAAGCUAUAAAAGCUCGCUACCUGGGGAUUAUCAAGAAGAAACGACGGGUUAGAAGAUUAAAUGAUAGGAAGUUUGUUUUUGACUGGGAUGCUUCAGAAGAUACUUCAAAUGAUUACAAUCAAUUGUACAAGGAGAGGCAUCAAGUACAAUUCUUUGGUCGGGGCCACAUUGCUGGCAUUGAUAUUAAAUCCCAGAAAAAAGACUACACCAAGUUUUAUGGAAAUCUAUUGGAAAAGAGAAGAACUGAACUGGAAAAGGAACAGGAAAAAUUGCGUUUGAAAAAAGUUAAAAAGAAGGAAGACAAACAAAAGUGGGAUGAUAGACACUGGUCAGAAAAGGAUGUGGAUGAAAUGACAGAACGAGACUGGAGAAUCUUUAGAGAGGAUUACAACAUUACCAUCAAGGGUGGCAAAAUACCAAACCCAACUCGCUCAUGGAAGGAAGCAAACUUCCAUAGUGACAUAAUGGAUAUCAUAAACAAAGUGGGCUAUAAGAGCCCAACUCCAAUUCAGCGGCAAGCUAUACCUAUUGGUUUACAAAAUCGUGACAUAAUUGGUGUGGCAGAAACUGGUUCUGGUAAAACUUUAGCAUUUUUAAUACCUCUGUUAACUUGGAUUCAAUCUUUACCAAAAAGUGAACGUAUGGAAGAUGCAGAUCAAGGUCCUUAUGCCAUAAUCUUAGCACCGACCAGAGAAUUGGCCCAACAGAUUGAAGAAGAAACAAAUAAAUUUGGUAUUCCAUUAGGCAUUACCUCUGUUGUAGUUGUUGGAGGUCUUUCAAGAGAAGACCAAGGUUUCAAACUUCGCCUUGGAUGUGAGAUAGUUAUUGCUACACCUGGUCGUCUGAUUGACGUCUUGGAGAACAGAUAUUUAGUCCUUAAUCGAUGCACUUACGUUGUACUUGAUGAAGCAGAUCGUAUGAUUGACAUGGGUUUCGAACCAGAUGUGCAGAAGAUUUUAGAAUACAUGCCAGUUUCUAACAUUAAGCCAGAUACAGACGCAGCUGAGGAUGCAUCUGUGCUGCUUGCUAAUUAUAAUACAAAGAAAAAAUAUAGACAAACUGUGAUGUUUACAGCUACUAUGCCACCAGCUGUUGAAAGAUUGGCUCGAAGUUAUUUACGAAGACCAGCAAUAGUAUAUAUUGGGUCUGUCGGUAAACCAGUAGACAGGACAGAACAGGUAGUAUACAUGAUUGGAGAAAACGAGAAACGUAAGAGGCUUACAGAAAUAUUGCAACGCAAUGUUGAACCACCCAUUAUCAUAUUUGUUAACCAAAAGAAAGGUGCAGAUGUACUUGCUAAAGGUUUGGAGAAACUUGGAUUCAAUGCUUGCACGUUACAUGGUGGUAAAGGUCAGGAACAGAGAGACUUCGCUUUGGCAUCUCUUAAAAAUGGAUCCAAGGAUAUAUUGGUUGCUACUGAUGUUGCUGGUCGAGGUAUUGAUAUUAAAGAUGUCAGUAUGGUCAUAAACUAUGACAUGGCAAAAUCUAUAGAGGACUACACACAUCGUAUAGGUCGUACUGGCCGUGCGGGCAAGACCGGUAAAGCAGUGUCAUUUGUCACUAAAGAGGAUUCAGCCAUAUAUUAUGAUCUUAAACAAGUUUUACUAGCGAGCUCUGUAUCUACAUGUCCACCUGAGCUUAUGAACCAUCCAGAGGCUCAACACAAGCCUGGUACAGUUGUUACAAAGAAGAGAAGAGAGGAAAUGAUUUUUGCAUAAUUCUAUAUUAUAUUGUAAGGAUUUUAAUGCUGAUUCCACAUCUAACAGUUGUUUACAAAUACAAUAACUGUAAAAUUAAAAUUAGUGUUGAUCACUCCUGAUUAUUAUUAGUAGGUGUUAGAUGUGUGAUCAGUUGAAAUAACAAGUGUAAACAUAUUUAACAUUUUAAUUACAAUUUUUUUAAAUAAAUUACACUGGAGUUACAAUAAAUAACAAUUCUAAAACUUA